CGUCCCCGGUCCGCCGCGGCCCCUCACGGCGCUGGCGCAGAGAUGGCGGAGGCAGUGGAGCGCACAGAUGAGCUGGUCCGCGAGUACCUGCUGUUCCGCGGCUUCACGCACACGCUGCGGCAGCUGGACGCCGAGAUCAAGGCGGACAAGGAGAAGGGGUUCCGGGUGGACAAGAUUGUGGACCAGCUGCAGCAGUUAAUGCAGGUGUAUGACUUGGCUGCCCUUCGCGAUUAUUGGAACUAUCUGGAGCGUCGGCUCUUCUGCCGCUUGGAGGAUAUGUAUAGACCCACCAUCAACAAGCUGAAAACCAGCCUGUUCCGCUUUUAUCUCGUCUACACAAUCCAGACAAACAGAAGUGACAAGGCUCAGGAGUUCUUUGCAAAGCAGGCCACGGAGCUCCAGAACCAGGCCGAGUGGAAGGAUUGGUUUGUCCUGCCCUUCCUGCCGUCCCCAGACACCAACCCCAUCUUUGCUACCUACUUUUCUCGCCAGUGGGCCGACACCUUCAUCGUGUCCCUGCACAACUUCCUGAGCGUCCUGUUUCAGUGCAUGCCGGUUCCCGUGAUCCUGAACUUCGAUGCAGAGUGCCAGCGGACCAGCCAGGUUCAGGAAGAAAAUGAAGUUCUACGCCAGAAGCUGUUUGCACUGCAGGCCGAAAUCCACCGACUGAAGAAAGAGGAGCGACAGCCAGAAGAGGAAGAGGCCUUAGUCCAGCACAAAUUGCCUUCUUACGUCUCCAACAUGGACCGCCUGGGGGACUCGGAACUAGCCAUGGUGUGCAGCCAGAGGAACGCUUCCCUCUCCCAGUCGCCUCGCGUGGGCUUCCUGUCCUCGCUGCUGCCUCAGAGUAAGAAGAGCCCCUCCAGGUUGUUGCCUGCCCAGGCCCCCCCUCAGGCUCAGAGCUCGGCCAAGAAGGAGUCCUUUGGCGGCCAGAGCACCAAGGGUAGGGAGCCAGCAUGUGCGCCCAAGGACGGGAAGAGCCUCUUCAGCGGGCUGGCCACUGGGGAGUCCAGCUGGUCACAGCACCGCCAGCGGCGCCUGCAGGACCACGGCAAGGAACGGAAGGAGCUCUUCUCCAUGACUUUGCAGUGUGCAGAGAAGAAGCCUGAAGCUGGUGGCCCGGAGGCAGAGCCCUGCCCGGAGCUCCACGUGGAGGUGCUGGAGACCCUGACACGGGCUCCUGCUGCAGGCCCUGAGGGUGGGGGGGUCCGCCCCGAGCAGCCGUUCAUCGUGCUGGGGCAGGAGGAGUACGGAGAGCACCACUCCUCCAUCAUGCACUGCAGAGUGGACUGCUCGGGGAGGAGGGUCGCCAGCUUAGACGUAGAUGGGGUCAUCAAAGUGUGGUCCUUCAACCCCAUCAUGCAGACCAAGGCAUCCUCCAUUUCCAAGUCGCCGCUGCUCUCUUUAGAGUGGGCCACCAAGCGGGACAGGCUGCUCCUGCUGGGCAGCGGUGUGGGGACGGUGCGCCUCUAUGACACGGAAGCCAAGAAGAACCUCUGUGAAAUCAGCAUCAACGACGAUAUGCCCAGGAUCCUGUCUCUCGCGUGUAGCCCCAGCGGGGCCUCUUUCGUCUGUUCAGCUGCAGCUCCGAGCCUUGCUGCCCAGGUGGACCUGUCCGCACCAGACAUCGGCAGCAAGGGCACUAACCAGGUUCCUGGCAAGCUGCUGCUGUGGGACACGAAAACCAUGAAGCAGCAGCUCCAGUUCUCCCUGGAUCCGGAGCCCAUUGCCAUCAAUUGCACAGCCUUCAAUCACAAUGGCAACCUGUUGGUCACGGGGGCGGCUGAUGGUGUCAUCCGGCUGUUCGAUAUGCAGCAGCACGAGUGCGCUAUGAGCUGGAAGGCCCACUGUGGGGAGGUCUGCUCUGUGGAGUUCAGCUACGAUGAGAACACCGUGUACAGCAUUGGCGAGGACGGGAAGUUCAUCCAGUGGAACAUCCACAAGAGCGGCCUGAAGGUGUCCGAGUACGGCCUCCCCGCUGACGCCACGGGCCCCUUCGUGCUGUCGGGUUACAGCGGCUACAAGCAGGUCCAGGUCCCCCGGGGCCGACUCUUCGCUUUUGACUCGGAGGGGAAUUACAUGCUGACGUGCUCUGCCACGGGGGGCGUCAUCUAUAAGCUGGGCGGGGAGGAGAAGGUUCUGGAGAGCUGUUUGAGCCUGGGCGGCCACCGCGCCCCUGUGGUCACCGUGGACUGGAGCACAGCCGUGGACUGCGGGACCUGCCUCACUGCCUCCAUGGACGGCAAGAUCAAGCUGACCACCCUCCUGGCCCAUAAAGUCUGAUGGGGCCGCCCCAAGGGCCGCCCACGGAAGCAGUAUUAUCCUGGGAGGCAGGCAGAGAUGGCUCAGGAAGACAGGGCGCUCCCCUUCCGGCUCCCUGCCAGGGUGGGGAGGCUUCAGGGAGAGACUGCCCAGGGGGCUCAGGCACUGUCCAGCGCCUGACGAGAACAGGAGCCAUGUAGAACCGUGGCACGCGUUCCCCAGACAUCGGCACGCUGGCCUCUGCCAGGAGCAGGCUCCAGAUGGUGGGAGGAAAGCUCAGGAAGCAGGAGAAACAUUGUGAUGGCUGCUGUUGGCCUAGAAGAGAUUGAAAGUAUUUUGUAUAUAUUCGCUCAGUUUUCUUUUUUAAAAAAAGAAUGCUCUUGUGGUCACCUGGUGUCUCUUUCUGGAACGUAUGCGUGCAGCAGAGCAUCUCCCUUCACCCUUUGCCCUGGCGACGGUCAUUGUGAGCUUCGGCCCUGCGCCCCAGCUCUUACGUCACCAGCCGCGGGGCUGACCUUUCUUGGAGGUUUGCUUGUUGGCUUUGCCACGGAAGUAGGAUGUCCUCUCUCUACUGCUCUGUUGGCUAAACAAGGUUUGUGCUGUUCCCAUUUCUUUGGGCUCACGUCAAGGAGGCCAUGGUGUCUUCUUUUUCCGGAGAGUUGGCAGCUUCUGUUGGGACAAGUGCAGGGUCUGAGGCAUCUGCCCCUCUCCAUCUGGGUGGCUGUGGUUUCCCAGGACCUGUCAUUGUGCUCCCUCCCAUUCUUUCAACUUCACGUCCCUAAGUUUGAACAAAGCCGGCCACCAGCGCCCUCUGCUGGUGAGUGACCAGAGGACAGGAGCAAGUCGGCCGGGUGCCGGGGCCUGGAACCUAGGGUUCAUGCCAUCCGCGUGUGUCCACAGCCUGGUCCUUUGCUCCCUGGCUGGGGGUGGGACCUUGAAGAGGCGGAUGCCCUCACAGGGUGGAGAGGAACAAGAAAAUGACUCCGUUCUCCCGCUUGCACUUCCACCUGAGGUGGUGGGAUUUCAGGCCUGGACCUCGGGCUCUGACACUUGACAGGGGCAGUUUGUCACCAAGCUGCUCAGAAUAGUUGUUGCAGAGGCUCCGGUCCAGAUCCGGGGUGCAGGUCUGGUGUGGGAGUGCUCCCAGUUACCUACUUUCGGAAAAUCAUGAAGAGGUUGGUACUAAAGCUUUGGCUCUGAACUGCUGGGAGUUGGGAGGAAAGCAGGAGGUGUUUAUGUGGCUCAAUUAUGAGAUAACACCAGAGACUUAGUGAUUAGUAGUUACUUACACAUUGUUACCCAUUUCCACCUCGUAAUCCUCCUUCAAAUGAACAAACUCAAGACUUUUCCAUUUAUAAUUUUUCCCAUCUUCUUCAUUGAAGCAGCAACCUUAUUAAUCUCUCCCAGUGAUUCUGUAGGACAUUUAAAACGUCGUCAUGUGUUUCAUUUGAGUGAGAAUUCAUUGUUUAGCUUUUCCGCUCUCCAUCUCGAAGUUUCUGUCUUAUUGCCCAUUCUCUCCUCUCAAUACGGUCCCCAUGGUUCGCUGAAAUGUCUUCAAGGUUUGUAGAAAACACUUGAAGAGCUGUCUCUUCUCUCAUUUCCUUUAUGCUCUGGUUUGGAUACCUGUCUCCCUCUUGUUUUGAGCUUGGCUUAUAGCUGAUGUGACUGAGGCUCCACCAGGAGGGAUUGAGGUGGGGCUUCCACAUCACUUUGAAGCUGCCAAAACAC